AUGUUCAAAUACAUCACAGUUGUACUCGCUAUCUUUGGAUCAUCAGCUUUAGCUGGUAAUUUACUUGGAGCACCACUGGCACUCAGUGCAGCCCCAGCUUUGGCACCAGCACCAUUGGCUCUAAGUGCUCCUGGUUUAUUAGCUCCACGUACCAUCAUCUCAUCACCUGGUUUACUUAGUGCACCAGCUUUGGCACCAGCUCCAUUGACUCUUGGCGCUCCAGGUUUAUUGGCUCCACGUACCAUCAUCUCAUCACCAAGUUUACUUAGUGCACCAGCUUUAGCUCCAGCUCCAUUAACUCUUGGUGCUCCAGGUUUGUUGGCUCCACGUACUAUUUUAUCAUCACCAGCUGUUGGUAUUGCUGCUCACCCAGCACCACUUAUCCGUUCAUCAAUCUGGUAA